UCCAGAAGUAAUAAAGUGCGGCUGAGUUCGUAUCAGCUGGCUGCAGGAGAAGCAGAGAGGAAAAACAUGGAGGCCGAGAGCCGCGAGACGGGGAGAGCUGAGAAGAGCUCAGCAGGCAGCGGCCGACAGGAAUCAGCAGGAGGCCUGUGGGAUUCUGUGAAGAAAGCUGCUUUUGUCAUCGGAUCUGGAAUUCUGUUCCUGGCUUUUGGAAACUCGCUGACAUGGCAUCUUCAGAGAUUCUGGGGCUCAGGAGAUUUCUGGCAGAAGUUGUGGACGAAGGUUUACCUGCAGUUUGAGGGUCACGAUGCUGCGUUGUUCUUCUUCGGAACCAUGCUGGCCCCGACGUUGGUGUUCUGGAUGCUGAACGGCCUGCUGCUGCUGGUGGACACUUCUGGGAAACCGUCCUUCAUCACUCGGUACCGGAUCCAGGAGGGCAGGAACGACCCGGUGGACCCGGCCAAGCUGCGGCAGGCGGUUCGGACCGUCCUGUUCAACCAGGUUCUGGUCUCCGGGUCCAUGGUGGUUCUGGUCUACCUGCUGACCAGCCGGACCGGCCGGCCCUGCGGCCCGGAGCUGCCCACCUUCCACCGAGGCCUGAUGGAGCUCGGCCUGUUCUCCAUGCUGGAGGAGAUCCUCUUCUACUACUCACACAGGUUGUUCCACCAUCCCAGCCUCUACAAGCAUUUCCACAAGCAGCAUCAUGAAUGGACCGCUCCCAUCGGCGUCGUCUCCAUCUACGCUCAUCCUCUGGAGCACGUGAUCUCCAACAUGCUGCCGGUGGUGAUCGGACCCGUCCUGCUGGGCUCCCACAUCACCACCACCAGCGUGUGGUACUGCCUGGCUCUGGUCAGCACCACCGUGUCCCACUGCGGCUACCACCUGCCCUUCCUGCCCUCGCCCGAGUUCCACGACUUCCACCACCUGCGGUUCAACCAGUGCUUCGGCGUGUUCGGCGUUCUGGACCGGCUGCACGGCACCGACUCGCGCUUCCGGCAGACGAAGCAGUACGAGCGGCACACCUUGCUCACCAGCCUGACCCCGCUCACCCACAGCAUCCCCGACACCCACAAGAAGGGCCGGUGACGACCUCCGACCCCCUGGCCAUUGAGGGAGCCCUAACCUUUGACCCCGGGAGUUCCUGCAGCGCUUUGAUUUGACAUGAAUCCGGUUGAUCGGUUCCAGCAGAACUUGGUCUCGUUUUGUAUUUCUGAUCCAGAUGUUUUCAGUGAAACAUGCAGAAUAUUUCACAGGAACAUUAAAAUGUUUGUCGCAUUUGAUUCUUCGGUUUCUGAAGUGGAAAAUUUAAAUCUGUAACGACUGAAAACAUUUCUCUUUGAAAUAAUGCAGGUCAUUUUUUCCUCAAUAAUUUAUUUUGGUUUCAUUGAGACUUUUUGUUUUCUGGUAAUAUUAGCACUUUGUUAUUUUGCACAUUAUGACUUUAUUGUCAUGACUGCAGACAUCAAACCCGGUUCAUCUCUGAAAUAUGGAAAUCCAGAUUGCGUCUGUCAAUUUCUUCCCAAAAAUCUAAAAGUUGAUGAAUCAAUGCUAUGGAUCAGCAGCACAGAGGAAGGAAACCCGCUGAGCCCUGAACAAACUUCCUGCUCCGUCAUAAAUCACGCUGCGGCGCCACUUUCAGGUUUUUUUGUCUGUUUUCAGUUUUUUUUCUUUAUUAAAGGAUAAAGCAUAAUUACUACAAAUAACACUAACAGCGAAUCACGUCAGCCUACAAAGCAGAUAUUAUGAAUAUUAAAUGUUAUGAUACAAGCUCUCA